GGAACCCAGGGUCUGGCUUGUGCUAGGCAAGUGCUCUACCACUGAGCCACAUCCCUGGCCCUCUAAAGGCAUUUCUAAACUAAGGUUCGGUUUGGUCCCGAAGUUACAAACUAAUGCUUAAGAGAAAUCAGUCAGGCACCAAUUAAGAGCAGCAGCUAUGGGGGAUCCUGGACUCUUCAAAUUGCAGUUUGCCCCCUUCAGCAGUGCCUUAGAUGUUGGCUUUUGGCACGAGUUGACCCAGAAGAAGUUGAAUGAAUAUCGACUAGAUGAAGCCCCCAAGGACAUUAAGGGUUAUUAUUACAAUGGUGAUUCUGCGGGACUGCCAGCUCGCUUAACAUUGGAGUUCAGUGCUUUCGACAUGAGUGCUCCCACGCCUGCACACUGCUGCCCUGCUGUAGGGACACUGUACAACACCAACACACUGGAGUCUUUCAAGACUGCGGAUAAGAAGCUCCUUCUGGAACAAGCAGCCAAUGAGAUCUGGGAAUCCAUAAAGUCAGGCGCUGCUCUUGAAAACCCUGUACUCCUCAACAAGUUCCUCCUGUUGACAUUUGCAGAUUUAAAGAAGUACCACUUCUACUAUUGGUUUUGCUAUCCUGCCCUCUGUCUUCCAGAGAGUAUUCCUCUUAUUCAGGGGCCAGUUGGUUUGGAUCAAAGGUUUUCAUCAAAACAGAUUCAAGCCCUUGAGCGGGCAUAUGAUGAUCUUUGUCAAACAGAAGGUGUCACAGCCCUACCAUACUUCCUAAUCAAGUAUGAUGACAACAUGGUGCGAGUUUCCUUGCUUAAGCACUACAGUGAUUUCUUCCAAGGUCAAAGGAUAAAGAUAACAGUUGGUGUAUAUGAUCCCUGUAACUUAGCCCAGUACCCUGGAUGGCCUUUGAGGAAUUUUUUGGUCCUAGCAGCACACAGAUGGAGUAGCAGUUUCCAGUCUGUUGAAGUCCUUUGCUUCCGUGACCGCACCAUGCAGGGGGCGAGAGACAUUGCCCACAGCAUCAUCUUUGAAGUGAAGCUUCCAGAAAUGGCAUUUAGCCCAGAUUGUCCUAAAGCAGUCGGAUGGGAAAAAAACCAGAAAGGAGGCAUGGGACCGAGAAUGGUGAACCUUAGUGAAUGUAUGGAUCCCAAAAGGUUAGCUGAGUCUUCUGUGGAUCUAAAUCUUAAAUUGAUGUGUUGGAGGUUGGUUCCUACUCUGGACCUGGAGAAGGUUGUAUCUGUCAAAUGUCUGCUGCUUGGAGCCGGUACCUUGGGUUGUAAUGUAGCUAGGACAUUGAUGGGUUGGGGCGUCAGACACGUCACAUUCGUGGACAAUGCCAAGAUCUCCUAUUCCAAUCCUGUGAGGCAGCCUCUCUAUGAAUUCGAAGAUUGCCUAGGUGGAGGUAAACCAAAGGCUUUAGCUGCAGCUGACCGGCUCCAGAAAAUAUUCCCCGGAGUGAAUGCCAGAGGGUUCAACAUGAGCAUCCCCAUGCCAGGUCAUCCAGUGAACUUCUCCAGCAUCACCCUGGAGCAAGCCCGCAAGGAUGUAGAGCAGCUGGAGCAGCUCAUUGAAAGCCAUGAUGUCAUCUUCCUGUUGAUGGACACCAGGGAAAGCCGGUGGCUUCCUGCAGUCAUUGCUGCAAGCAAGAGAAAGCUGGUCAUCAAUGCUGCCUUGGGAUUUGACACAUUUGUUGUCAUGAGACAUGGCCUGAAGAAACCAAAGCAGCAGGGAGCCGGGGACCUGUGUCCCAGUCACUCAGUGGCAUCUGCUGACCUCCUGGGCUCAUCACUUUUUGCCAACAUCCCGGGUUACAAACUUGGCUGUUAUUUCUGCAAUGAUGUGGUGGCCCCAGGAGAUUCAACCAGAGACCGGACCUUGGACCAACAGUGCACAGUGAGUCGUCCAGGACUGGCCAUGAUUGCAGGAGCCCUGGCAGUAGAAUUGAUGGUGUCUGUUUUGCAGCAUCCAGAAGGGGGCUACGCCAUUGCCAGCAGCAGUGAUGAUCGCAUGAAUGAGCCUCCAACCUCUCUUGGGCUUGUACCUCACCAGAUCCGGGGAUUUCUGUCACGGUUUGAUAAUGUCCUUCCUGUCAGCCUGGCGUUUGACAAAUGUACAGCUUGUUCUUCCAAAGUUCUUGAUCAAUAUGAACGAGAAGGAUUUAAUUUCCUAGCAAAGGUGUUUAAUUCUUCACAUUCCUUCUUGGAAGACUUGACUGGUCUCACAUUGCUGCAUCAAGAGACCCAAGCUGCCGAGAUCUGGGACAUGAGCGACGAUGAGACCAUCUGAACCAGCCACGCCUCGUGUGGAACCUGAUUCUCUAUGGCUGCCUGCUGAGGCCACACUCAGUCACUGGAGCAGGACUGUCACCCCAGACUGAUUCUGGGCUCCUGUCACCUCCCUGUUCCCUUUCUUCCUGAAGACUGGGGUGCUCCCUUUGCUGCCAGCAUUCUGCAUUCUCAUGGGUCACCAUUUCCCCCAGCUCUGACUUCAAUAAUAACCUUGGCUUUGGCACAGCCAUUGAUCUGGGGCUCUGUUCCCUCCAUGUGAAGUUCUUUUGGUUUUUUUUUUUUUUUUUUUUCCUAAUGUCACAGGAUCCUUCUGCUUUGGCCCUCAGAGGUAACAGUAAGGACUCAGGAAUCAACUGGGGAAAUGGGAAACCAGCUCUUGCCCUGAGCCACUGUAGGGAGGCCGCACCCAAGUUCCCAGGGUGCAUUGCAACCCCCACUGUGGUGUUCUGCCUUGGGUGGGGGGGUCUCCUCCACCUCCUAGUCCAACACCUUACCCGUGAGGACUGGAACCUUUUCGCUCAGGCUUCCACAAGCUGGGGGAGAGUCCUGGGGCCGGUCUAGGGAAGGCAGUUUGGCUCCCUUCCUCCCCCUCACCUCAAGGGUCCUCUCUGCAGGGUGACUGUCUGUGCAUCUACAGUAAGGUAGGCUGGUUUCCCCCUCCAUUCUGAUUUGCACACUGGUGCUGGCUGUGAAUAGCAGGCACGACCUUGGCAUAGGUGCCUGCCCCUGAACAGGUGCAGAGCUAAAGGCACCCCUAACACUUUAUCUGGGUUCAGCUUCUGACUUAGGCCUAGAACCAAAGUCAAAAUGGAGUCCUGGGGUACCUCUUACAGCAGCAGGAUUUCCACGGAGACUUAGAAACAACACUUGACCUAAAGUAGACAGUCAAGAAACUACCUUUAUUGGGACUUCAGUGGUGCACAGCCACCACACUGUCACCGAGGACUGAAGAGCCACACAUACAGCCUGUGGUUUAAGAGCA